GCACUGCAAUCCUCCUUCUCCUCCUCUUCCUCCUCCAACAGCAACAGCAUCCACAUCGACCCCAGCUUCUCAGCUGAAGCUUGUAUUACACUUUGAAAUAUCCUGAAGGUACUGUGAAGGAAAUGUACCUUCAGUUUCCGUCUGUAGUUCUGUUCUAAGUUUAUUUUUCAUUGUGCGUCUCUCGGGUUUUUUGUCCCAUUCACGAUUUCCGGAUCGCGCGGGCACAGGCAGCAGGUAAGGGACAUCAAACACACUCCUAUAUUCUGUGAUGAUUGACCGGUGCACUGUUUCUGGGUCACGAGCGAUGCGUGUGAGGGAUACUGAUGCGGAUCAAUAUGUUUAUCUCCAUAUUUAGUGAGUUAAUCCCACAUGACAUAAAGCUGGAAAACAUGGGCUGUCUGGAAGCUGCCAUUCAUGAGCUUAUUUUGGCUCUUGUGCAGGAUUAGAUCUCCCUUAUGUGGCACUUUUUGAUGAUCACUAUGCAACAGGUCUUUCUGAAAUAAAUCCUUCAGUGAUCUGUAAUUAAAUACAGUGUUUGUUGACAGUGAUUUAACCAGUGUGCAAUAAGCCAGCUCUGGUUUUUCUCCAUGUGUGUUGCAGCGCAUUUUUAUUUCCAGGUUUUGUUGCAGUGGUUUCAUGCAACCAGCCAGAAGUGACCCAAGGCUGCCAGUUUGUGACCCACUGACCGAUGCAACAGCGAGCCUUAAUUUUGGGUCAUCAUGGGAUGUGGUACCUCUGUUGCUACAGAAACACAAGAGAAAAGAGCGGAGAGAGGUAAUGAUGUGCAGCUGGUUCAAAAGGCAGGAGGAGGCUGGUUUUUGUGGUUCCACCAAACAGUCCAGGUCUGACACACAUUGUUCCUGUGCUGUCAGCAGGAAAACUUUACCUGUUCCCCCCUGAGGAGGAUGUGAAAAAUAAUGUGGGCGAUAUGAAUUAUGAGCUGACAUGUCAAGACAAGAUGAGCACAAAUAGGGGAUAAGUAUUCGGUACUAAUUGGAGUGCAGGAAUGGAAAUCACUUAGAUUGGUCUUUUGGGAAGAAUUAACAGAAGGAAACAAAAUGUAGGUUAUGUUUUGAUCCUUCUGCAGACAUUUCCCUUCAGUGUCCCUGAAAUUUGACGUUUGCACUUUUCACUAUUUUCCAAUAUUUUAAAUCUCCGGUGAGGAGAUUAUUUAUGAUGUACAAGAGCAAAGAUUGACUUUUUCAUAGUUAUUCUUAAAUUGUUAACAUCAUGCAACAGAGAAAGCCUUUGUUUAAAUUUUUUCAGCGCAAAAAAUUACUUGAUACUUAAGACUUUUCAAAGUAAAAAAGAAAAACAAGGUACCACAUUGUACAAAGUGGGCACCAAAGUCAACACAUUGAUCUGAUCCAUUGAUCACCUCUCAAUAACUCUCUGUGCCCUUCAAGAGUAACUAAACAUGUUUUUAUUUUGAAUCUGUAUUGGUUAAAUAUUGAUUAUUUACUAUUUUUUUCUGUUUAUAUCAGAAAAGAUGCCUGUUGGUCCCAUUCUGUUGAAAAAGAUUUUUAAACAGUGUACUAAUAGCAGUUAACAUCUUUACUCGAGUAUUACUGUGAAGUAUUUCCCCACAUUUUACUGUCACAUUUUGUAGAAUAACAGUCUUUAAUAACAUUUCUGCUCUUGUAAAUUUUCCACAGACUUGUUGACGCUGCACACACACACAGACACACAGACACACACACACACACACACGCACACACACACACAUGCAGACGUAAUGCAGAUGGUGCGUUUCCUUCUCUUCAGUCUGUCUUGUCUCCUCGUUUUAAUGAGUACUCUUUGUCCUGAAAGAACUUUGAACUUGUUCAGAUUUUCCAGUCCCACUCUUGCUCAUGAUCUCCCUGGUGUCUUGUUAUUUCCCCUAUCAUGUUUACAUGUGUGCAAAUGAUUUUAUUCAGUGACCAUUGUCUUAUGCUGUACCAUGGUUUUUAUCUCCUUUUUUUUCUGAUUUACAGAUGAGACAGUUAAGAGUCCCAACCCAGCUCUGAGUAAGACCCUUUUUAUCUGUUGACAUAAGUCAGUUAUAUGAUUCACCUAAAGUGUGCAUGCUUUCUUUUAUGUGUGUGUUUGCAUGUAACAGUGAGCUGAUGAUAUUUCUCACCUUGGACUUCGCCCAUUAAAAUUAAACGUUAUAACAGCUGAUGUACUGUUGCAGCUAUGAAAGCAGCUGUUCUGAUCCAGCGAUGGUACCGCCGCUACAUGGCCCGUCUAGAGAUGAGGCGUCGCUACACCUGGAACAUCUUUCAGUCCAUUGAAUACGCAGGAGAACAGGACCAGCUACAGGUGGGUCUCUGCAGCUUCAUGCAGUAAAACUGCUCAUGUUUGGAGGCAACGUGAAUCUAAAGCAGGUCUUGUAACUGUUUUUCAGCUCUCCAGUUUCUUCAGCUUCAUGCUUGAUAACUUCACUCAUCUGAACGGACAUGGUCCAGGUAAGAAUCAAAAAUACUAUCAUAUACACCCAUGGUUAUCAACUUUUAACUCCUAUUGGUGUUUAAAAAAAAAAAAAACGAGACCCUCACUGAAAAAAGCUGUAAAAAAUAAACACCGACCUCAAUGUUGUCACCAAAACAGUCAGACUUAGUCUAGAGUUGUGUAAACACGACAACCACCCCCAACCCUUGGAGCUGUGGCACCCCCAUUGUGGGAUCCUGAACCCCAAUGAGCAACACAAUACACAGGUCUAAUAGGAAAUCUCUCCAAAACUCUGAUUCCAUUCUUGUUACUUGGUUAUCAUGACUAUGACGUUGUUUUGGUGCUAUAUUCUUAACUUAAAGGCUGAAUAAUUUCUGAAACUCAAACCUCUGAGGUUGUUAUUUGUUAUUUUCAUUUAUUUUAAUAGCUUUAAGAAAGUUUUAAAAGCUAAUUUCAAUGCUGGUUUCCUAUUUGUGGAAUAGAAAUGUUAGAAGAGUUACAAUAUUUCUUGACAAGAAGAAAGAAACAGAUAAAAUUCAAACAUAUAGUCACUGACAUUAUUUAUGAGUCAUCAGCUGUUGAUAAGUGGUUGUUGUUGUGUUGUUGUGAGCAUGCUCUAACACAACAGGGUUAUUAUUAGAUCUAUUUUUCACCUACAUCACAUUAACACUACAUUAGCUGUCAUGCCUGUUAUUUUGGUCAAGAUUAGACAGACCCAGUGCGUAUACCCUGUUGCUUAGCAACUAGUGUGAAUGAAGAGGCUGGUGUGUGUGUGUGUGUGUGUGUGUGUGUGUGUGUGUGUGUGUGUGUGUGUGUGUGUGUGUGCGUGUGCUUCUCUUCUCUUAAGAAUGCAUUGACCCACUCAUCCAGCUAAAAAGCAUAUGCUCCAUUGAUGAGGUAAUCCUUAGGUCGGCCCUUAUGAAGCUCUUCAUCAGUUAAACAUAGAGUUAACAUAAGUGAUGCAAAGAGGCUGCGCUUUGUUGUUUGUGCUCAUUAUAUUCAGCGUCUGUGUGUAUUUGUGUGUGUGUGUGUGAGAAAGAAAGAGAGAGAGAGAGAGAGAGAGAGAUGAGAAUAGAGGACAUGUAAAAUAUAAGGCAUCCAGGACAUAGACUAACAGAAUAGACCCAGGCCUGUGGGUGGAUGUCUGUUCCUGCCUUGUUUUUUGCAUAAAUUAGAGAGCAUCAGUUUCUUAUUAGCAUAUUAGAGUGGUUGUUUAAUACAGUACUGAGGUCACGCGCUGAGGGUGUUGUUGUCUUUUGCUGUUUAUGACAAGGAUCUACGCGUUUAAAUCAAUGUAUGGAAAAUUAUGUAGUUUAUUAGACCAUAUAUGUCUCCAACCACAGAAAAGGAGCACCAGACAGAUGGUGCCAUUCAGCUUUAUUAAAAAGUACUUCAGUAAUUACAUAUAGGUACUUUGGAGAAAAUGGACGUCAGAUGAGGUCUCUUUGUAACAUGAAAAAAGAGAAUAUAAUGAUUUUGUGAAACUCUGCAUCUCUCCACACUGUGUCCUCAGACUUGAUCUCUCAGCUGCUGGACCCAGUCGUGGACCCCUGGUUGGAUAGAGAGACCUGCUUCAACACGAUCACUGUCCCAGAGUCAUACACCGGACCUCACCUGUCAUUUCCUCUCUCUGUGUCUGACACAAACGCUCUGCUCAACAGUUUUAAGGAGCAGCAGGUCAUUUUUUUUUUUACCUUUGACUUUGUGUUUUUGGAUAUCAGGUGUUUUAAAGCAGUGUUGUUUUCGUCAGGCAGGACGAAAACUUAAAUGACGACGUCAGACCCCUUUUUUCCUUGACGAAAAUGAGACUAAGACGAACGUCACCAAAGCUCUGUAAAGACUAAAAUGUGACGAAAAUUAUAUUCAUUUUCGUCAGACGAGAACGAAACGAGACUAAAUUGUUAUUAGGUGGACGAACAAAGUUUCAAAACAUGCUUUUUUUUGUCCUCACAGUCACGCCCCCAUCACACAUGCUCCAAAAGCCUCGCUCGCGCACAGCUGCGCGCGCACACACUCAUACACAUACACAGAGCGGCAGGUGGACGAGGCGCGCGCAAACACACACCGUGGCGGCAGGCACAGCAGCGGUGCCCGAAAAAAGAGGGAUGAUUUUUGGUCCUAUUUCAGAUACAGUCCAAGUGACAAUAAAACACAAUGUCUUGUACGGGGACGGGGAGACAGACGACAGUUGUGGAGCCACAGCUUCCUCAUGCUGCGACUUCAAACUGUCGGGAAAGAACCUCAAAAGGCACCUUUUCGUCGACUAAAACUAGACUAAAACCUCUUGAGUUUUCGUCGGACUAAAACUAGACGAAAACUAUCAAGGAUAGAAAUGACUAAAAUGGGACUAAAACGAAGAAGCAUUUCGUCAAAAUGACUAAGACUAAAACUAAAUCUAAAAUGCCUGCCAAAAACAACACUGUUUUAUAGGACUCAUAACUCUCUUUUCACACAGACUCUGCAUGCUAAAUAUAUUCUGGAGCUGUUGUAUGAGACCAAAAAGCUCCUAAAACAGAUGCCAAAUAUCAUCCACCUGUCGACAUCAUACACAAACGAGAUCACUAUAUGUGGUGAGUCACCAAAACCAAGUUUGUCAUUUUUCACUUUUUCUUAUGAAGAACAACAAAAUUAAAACCAUUAGAGUUUGUUGUGUUUACUUCUUUUGUUCCUGCCCCAUCUCACCAGUCAGCUGCCCACCAAAGAAAUGAAUGACCUGAUGAUUUAAUGACUGACCACUAAUGUCUGUAAACAAGGUUGGCUGCAUCUUAAUGGCAGCAGUCCAAAAAGAGGUCAUGUUUAUUCACACGGAUCAGGUGCUUGACUGCUUUUCCACAGCUGCCUCCUCCAGCUGAUCUGCAUGUCGUUAAACUCGAGAACACUUGUGACUAACACUCACAGUUUUUGGCUUAAAGUGUAGUGAUUCACUUUUCUGUUUCCAAACCACUUCACUCUUAAAAAAACAGUAUCAGUGUAGCCAGAAAGUUUCUCAAUUGCUCUAUUUCUUUUUUUUUUUCUGGUGCAGGAGAUCUGCACGGGAGGCUAGACGACCUACUUCUCAUAUUUUAUAAGGUGAGAUUUUUUUAAUUCACACAUGCUGAAACAAACAGUUUGUGAUGAUGUCUUAAAGUCAUGCUCUCUGUCAGAAUGGCCUUCCCUCUGCAGAGACGCCGUACGUGUUUAACGGGGACUUUGUGGAUCGUGGGAAAAAGUCUGUUGAAGUGGUCAUCCUCCUGUUUGCCUACCUUCUUCUUUACCCGGACUACAUGCACCUGAACCGAGGGAACCACGAAGACCAUAUCAUGAAUCUCAGGUGAGCCGGCGGGGAGGAGUCAAAAUGAUAGAAAGAUCAUAUCUAUUAAGGAGAGGUAAUACCUCCAUUUGAUUUUAUCCCAUUGUUGUUGCAGGUAUGGAUUCACCAAAGAGGUGAUGCAGAAGUACAGGGUAAAGUAAACUACUCAUACAUGCCUUUUUGUGUGAAACUAGGAUUUACAAAUGAAUCUGGCUCAGCAGAUGUGGACUUCAUUCUUUUCUGAUGUGCGCAGAUUCAUGGCCGUGAGAUCCUGCAGCUGUUUCAAGACGUUUUCAGCCUCCUUCCUAUCGCAACGGUCAUCGAUGGGAAGAUUCUGAUCGUGCAUGGAGGGAUCUCAGACCAGACUGACCUGGACUUCCUCGGCUCUAUAGACAGGCACAAGGUCAGUCAAGAACUUUUUUUUGAAGUUCAGCGAAUACAGCUACAUCCGUACAAUUUUUUUUAAACAUAAUACCCCCCACCCACCUCCAAUCCCUCUGGCAGCAUCCCUUCCUCCCCUCCCAGGUCUCCCCUGGACCAGUCAAACAUCAAGUAUCAACAGUUCAUUGUAGUGAGUGGUGUCCCUUUGUUCACAACUGAAGAGGUUUAUCCUUUAUCUGCGCAGCUGGACCUAACCACGUCUCCAAAGUGGAAGUUUUAGCAUUAUUAAUCCCUGCUGUAGACAACUCAAGUAAUACUAUAUCAUAAAAAUAAUUCAACCAUUUUCUAGUACUAAGAUCAUGAAGUGGUAGCCAUCUUUGCACUAGGAGUGUUUUGGCAGCUGUGAGGCCGCUCAGCGAUAGUUUACGCUGUUUCUUACUUACGUGUAUUUGAGAAUCAUCAUUAAGGUGUAAAGUAAAGUAAAAUUGGAUUGCAUGUUAGCUGUACCUCGUAAUUCAGACAAGACUAUGGUCACCCAGCCCCUAAAAGCCUGGACAGAGGUACAUUCCCACAUCAUGCGUUAAUAACAUCCUAUGCGUUAAGUUGGCACAUGGUACAGCUUGGACUUGGUAUCAGUUUCAUGCGAAACCUAGUGACAGGUGUAUAAUAGAGUCUGUGACACCAAGGUCAGUCUUUUAUUCAUACAGUAUUCAUACAGAUGCAAUGAUCAGCUUUGGUCAGAGAUCAUUAUUCAAACAGCUGCAGAAUAUUAUACAAUCAAUAGACCUAAAAGGGUCUGAAAAGGAGGAACACAAGGUUGGCUGAAUAUUGAUACCAAGCAUAUUAAUUCAUGCAAGUUUCAAGUCAAAAGUCCAUGAUUUACACAUGAGCUCUUAAAAUCAACUUUUUAUCCUGUAAGUUUAAUAUUCAAGUCUUCAUCACUGUACAGUCUGUCGUGUACAUUACCCUCUUCUCUGCACCUACAGGUCAAAUCUGCACUCAGGUUUCCCAGACGUAGUUUGGGUCAGCUGGACAUCAGUCAGUGCAGCAGACAGAUGAAAAGAAUGAGAUCUACCGACAGCUCUCGUCCAAGCAGCGGCUGCAGCCACGGCAAAAGCCAAAAGACCCCAAUCCAGAGGUCUGACAGAAGUCUGCAGAUGCUUAUCAAUGUUUUUUUAGAUCCAGGUCGGUGUAAAAGGAGAUGUCUUUUCUUUGUUAUUUCUAUAGAAAGAGGAGAUGCGGGCUCAGCCGACAAGACAGUGCACACUCCACUACUUCCUCUUCCUCCUCGUCCUCAUCCUCCUCUCUCUGCUCUCCUCGAACUCCAUCCUGCCUCACGCCUCGGCAGUGCCCGUCCUCCCCCAACUCGCCUUACACCAUCAGUGUCCUCCAAGUGCCUUUUCUGGACUCUCUGUCCUCUGUUGGCCCCCCUUCAACUCCACAGCAUGAGCGUGAAUGGAAACAGGUCAGAGGAGGUUAUCUCUGCUCUGUUAUGAGGCUCUCUGUCUCAUAUACUACACUUUUAGAUUGUCUCCUCUCUCCUGCAGAUAGUGGAUAUACUGUGGAGCGAUCCUAAGAUACAAGAAGGCUGCAGUCCAAACACGUUCAGAGGAGGAGGCUGCUACUUCGGCCCCGAUGUCACUCAGAGACUUCUGCUCCAACACGGACUGCAGCUGCUCAUCAGAUCCCAUGAGUGCAAACAGGAGGGAUACGAGCUCUGCCAUGGAGGACAGGUAAAGAGGGACAGCAGAUUAACUGAGUCGCUUAGAUGUCUGGAGAAAUGCAAAAACCUCUUAUGUACUCUGCAGGUAAUCACAAUUUUCUCAGCAUCAAACUAUUACGAGGAGGGAAGCAACCGGGGCGCCUACAUCAAAGUGGGCCGAGAACUGGUCCCCCGUUUCUAUCAGUACCAAGUCAGCCGCACAACACGCAAACUCACUCUCACACAGAGGUAUGAUGGACGUUAUUUGGCUUACAGUGAAAAUGUGUCAGUAGAAUCUGUAAGGUGGCUCGAUACUAGUCAGUGACCUGUAUUCGUGUGUGUGUGUGUGUGUGUGUGUGUGUGUGUGUGUGUGUGUGUGUGUGUGUGUGUGUGUGUGUGUGUGUGUGUGUGUAGAGUAAGAGCUGCAGAAGGCUCUGCUCUCAGAGCUCUGAAAGAGAAACUGUUCAGCCAUCGCUCUGAGUUGAUGUCCGGCUUUCAGCAGUACGACCAGAACAACAAAGGUUCAUUCUACUCAUCACCCCAAAAAUCUGAAAUAUCAUGAAGUUUAAAAGUGCAUUUAUCAGAAUGAAGCAUGUCUGUCCUCAGGCAGUGUGUCGGUCAGCGAGUGGGCUCUGGUGUUGGAGGCUGUUCUGAGACUGGACCUGCCCUGGAGGACUCUCCGCCCGCACUUAGCUCGUCUAACACCAGAUGGCAGCGUGGAGUAUCAGUCCUGCUUCAAGAACAUGGGACCAGGAAAUCCCCUGCCGCAGGUGAGAGAAAUAAAGAUUCAAUCUUUAAGUCUGUAUCUCAUCUGAGUGCUUUCUUUUGUACCCACAAGUAGAUUUGCCAACAACCAUUUUAACUUUACGCAGCACAUAACACAAAAGAAUUAAAAAAAUUAAAAAAAACACUAAAACAUGUGAACCAGCACUCCAGGCUCCACCAAUAAAAACUGAAGAGAGAUGGAAUAUUAUUAUUGUUAUAAUAAUAAUAAUAAUAAUAAUAAUAAUAAUAAUUAUUAUUAUUAUUAUUAUUAUUAUUAUUAUUAUUGUUUUUGUAUUCUUAUUUUCUUAUUAUUAUUAUUAUUGUUAUUGUUAUUAUUAUUAUUUUUGUUGUUAUUAUUUUUGCAUUUGCAUUAAAUGCUUUGGCAAUAUUGUACCGUAGUUACAAUCAUGCCAAUAAAGCUCAUUGAAAUUGAAAACUGAAACGAAUAAAAUCAGGAAAUGAGAUAAUCAAUGAAUUAGCUCUCAGGUUGAUAAAUAAUUACCAAACUGCUGUAUCCGCAUCAAGAUUUUGGUCUUUGAAAGUUUGCAGAAGAAUACUGUAUGAGUCUUGAAUUUGUAUUAUGAUGCAUCACUUAAGUUAAACUGCAAACUGUUAUCAACAAUCCACCUAAAAAAUGGGGGCAGAGCUCUCUAAAUAGACAAGUAAUGAUUAAAAAAAACAGAGGUAGCACUUACAUGCAGGAAAGUGUGUUUUAUAGGCACUAUAUGCAGAAAUAUAGCCAGUUAAUAAAAAGUGAUAAUCAUGACAAUAACAGUUUCACUGAGCAGCAGCUGCUCCUUCCAGAAUUUACUUUGUUUUGCCAGCUGAAGUGCUUUCUCACUUUCCUACCUUUUUAAAUGCAUUAUUUAAUUAAAGACUUGGUUUCAUCUGCUGCUCACAGCACCAAGACACUACUUUUAUCUCAAAAAGUGACAUUUAAAGGAUUAAAGUACUCUCGCUGAGUCAUUAAAACGUUGGUGGUGUAGUUAAGAAGUCUGAUGUCUUUGCUCUUCUUUUUCCUCUUCAGGUCACUCCAAACUUGGCUGAAACUCUCUUCAGAUACAGAACAGACAUCGAGAUCAUAUUCAACAUUAUAGAUAAAGACCACUCAGGUACAAAAAGUUCUACUACUUCUCAAAUAUGAUGUGAAUGCAGUUUUAAACACGACCUUGUGUGUGUUUUGUCUUUAUAAGGUCUGAUCUCCAUCGAGGAGUUUCGUCACACCUGGCGCCUCUUCACUGCACACCUGGGUGUUGACAUAGACGACAGGGCCAUUGAUGAUCUGGCCCGGAGUAUUGACUUCAACAAGGACGGCAGUAUAGACUUUACAGAGUUCCUGGAGGCCUUUAGGGUGGUUCACAAACUGGACAAUAAGGAUCAGCACGCCAAUGGAAGAUGAACAGAGGGAAGGGUUUGUGAAGGAAAGAACACAAACACAUCAGGGACACAGAAGGAGGCGAGAAAGUGAGAAAGAAGUCCAGAAAGUUUCCAGAAAAAGUUUUAAGCAGGUACUGAAGUUAGAUAUUUAGGUACUUUGAGUUACAGCUCAGACAGACGGAUGAAGAGUAGAGCUCAACAGACACAGAAGAAGCACCAGUGUGAUGCACUAUAAUCACGUACAGAUCAGCACUGUAGUAUUACAUGCAUUGACUAAUAAAAGCACAAGUUCUUGAAGGAUGA